CUCCUCAGGCAACACCUUAUACCUGCGCUGAGCCCCUCAGACACACACAGCAGCUUUAACAACCAACUGGACAGACACAUCUAGUGGACAACCAUAACUUUUCUUGUUUUUCUGGAUGUUGGGAUGCAUUUCACCAUUUUAUCAGCAUCCCUGUAGGAGUCAACUUGGCCCUUUGCAGUGGACUGACGCUUAGUAUUGGACUCUUAACAGCAUGGACAUGUUUGGCCCAGGGCAGCUGGUAUCCACUCUCUUGCCUGCAGUUUUCCAUUCACCUGCAGCUCACUUUUUCCCUGCCUUCCCAACCAGACUGGGUUCUCAACCUCAGAUUCUGAUCCCAGGGCCCUUUAUCAGCUAUGAAUCCUUGAGGAAUUAUCUGCAGCCAGAGCCACGCAAGGAAGCUUUUCUCCUGGCCACACAGGCAGUGGGGAUGGCGCCGCUCACAGAGGGCAUAGAUGAACAGAGGCCAGUGAAGCAGCGUCGUGCACGGGCCAACUACAGCAGCUGGCAGCUGGAGGAACUGGAGAAGGCCUUCGAGACCACCCACUACCCAGACAUCUUCAUGAGGGAGGCCCUGGCCCUCAGACUGGACCUCAUCGAGGCCAGAGUACAGGUGUGGUUCCAAAACCGCCGUGCCAAGAUGAGACGACAGCUGAAACUCCAGGGUCAGCUCGCAGGGCCUUAUGUAAAAAGAGACAAUGAUGAAACAUCUGAGAAAACGAGCAGGAAUUUAAAACAGCAGACAGAAAGUUGUGACGGCGAGCACUGGGAAAGACGACAGGAAGGAGAGAACUAUCCAUGGACAAAAGCUGCAAGUGCUGUGCUGAGCGUACGUAUGCAGCCUGUGACCCAGAGGUCGGGGAAGUGGGAGAGGCCGGAGGGGCCAAGCUCAGAGGAGCUCCGUUCCUGCAGCAUCGCCAAGCUAAGGGCCAAAGCCAGAGAACACGAGGCCGAGAUCCACAGCACAGUAAACAUGUCAGGAGGCGACACACAGUCACAAACACAGGAAGAUGAUGCCAUGCACAAUGAUUCAUAGUUUUCCUUUUUCCUUUUGUAAAGAUAAUAAAACAGCUUAGACACCAUGAACACGCAAGAAAAUAUUUUUUAAACCUAUUUGGGAUGAGGCACUUUAUUAUUUAGCCUUCAUUGAUUAAAGAUUUAUUGCAGUAUAAAACACUAUUGUAAUCUUCUAUGUGAUUUUCUAUCAAAUUAUAAACAAGUAUUUAUCUUGCCGCACUAUUUUCAGUCUUAUAUUCAUGGUACAUUUCAGUUAACGUCUGUGUUGACAUUUUGUGGACAUUUUUAUUUAAAUAGCGCUUUUAAAGUUCCUUUAAAGUUUGGGUGGUUAACACGUAUACAAGUGUAAAACUGUAAAAACUCUGUACCCUGCCAUUUUUCAUUCCUUUAACAAGUGACUGAUUGUCUCACACGCAUGUGCUGUUUAUGUUUGUCUAUAUUCUGAAUGCCGUUCUCAACAAGUCGUGACUGUGACUGAAAGGCACACACUGUAUACAGGUCAGUCAUCAGCAGAUAACAGUGACAAAUGUUGCCGUCUUAUCAUAUCAGCCUAUCGGGGCACGGCUGAAAUCGGAUACAGUCAGAUCAUUUCUAAAUGAUUUCACUAAUGACGAACUCAUCCCUGACCUCUCGGGCUACUUCCAGAGACAGACAGGAUGUCUGCGUGCAGCCACACGUCCUCACAGGAAACAAUGGAAAUAACUGAAAAAUGAAAUCAUGACGAGUGAGUCUGUAUAUAUGAUACACGUCUGUUUUUCUUAAAACUGUAUGCAUCAGGGACAUAAUAUACUGACUUCUUCUGUCUUCAAAGAUAGUGAGGCACAUUCCAUAAAGAGCUGUUGAUCAAAAGAGAAGAAAAGUUGAGACUCAUGGAAAAUGAUAAUACCAGGAUGAAAUAAUAGUUCAUAAAAUAAAUUAUGAAGUCACAAAAUGUGACAUAAUGAUCCUUGAUCUGCUUGUGACCAAUCUAACUUUGUUGUUCUGCUAAGUUCAGGUUGUGACGGCAUCUCAACUGUCUUUAAACUGCAGACAAAAUUAAUCUGAGUGAUAUGAGGGUGAAUUAUUAGUGAGUCUCAUGUGUUACAUUUAUUAAACAAACACAGCAGUAUGUCUGAAAACAUCUUAUAAUUCCAUGUGUGUGUCUUCAACUAUGGCACACAGUAUUUUUCAUCGUACUGUCAAAACAGAACAUGAGAAGAUACUGGGUUAAAACAUCAAAUGAACUAAUAAAUUAUCAAGUUAAUUUAAGCAAGUAAUAAAUAAUAAUAGUAUUGGAUGACUCAAGUAAUGGAUGGUAACACUGCAUUUUAUCAUAACUUUGACUGUUUAUAACAGUGUUGGAGUACUGGAGAUUGGUCUUGGUCUCGAGACCGGUCUCAACACCAGUUUUUGAAGAUCUCAUCUUGAACGUAUUUUUACUCUGUCUCAGACAAAGAGGACUCUGGAUUUUAUUUAAAGACUGGUCAAGACCACAACUACCAGGACAUCAUUAAGUUUCCUGUGCAAAACUGAGCGUUGAAUAAAAAUGGUGGAGU